CCUCUUGAACCCCUUCAUCCAUUUACCAACUCUCCACCGCCUGCAAUUUCAAUGGUAACCAGAUCCUGCUUACGACCCUCCUACCUUCCUUUCUCUAUAUUCUCCUCUCCAAUUCGCUUCUUCCUCAAACCCUCUUCGCUACCAAAAUCUGCCAUUCUAUUUCUCUCCUCCGCAAACAACGCCGCCAAUUGCAUCCCUUACGGCCCUUCUCUCCACAAAGGCAAAGUCCCAUUUCAUGGUGGCUCACAAAACCAUUCCCAACAGAUCGCCAUGGCCGAUUUCCAACGAAUCCAGCAACAAGAAGAGGAACGGGAAGGUGAAGAGGAGGACGAGGAAGACGUUCUUGCGGAGGAGCAAUUCACUAGAAUCUUCGAUGUAGACGCCCUUCGUGUACCGGCAAAAGACUGUUUCGCCCUUGAGAGCCGCCUUCGCGGGCAUCUACUCAAUUGGCCGAGAAUUCGGAAUAUAGCCAGAGUUCCUGGCGAUGAAAUUGACGAUGAUAUAAUUAAUUUCCUGGGCCGCAAAAGUGAAGUGGUGGACAAUGUUGAUUCGUUGAACCGGCGAAUAUACGGGAGAGCAGAGGGAGAUGGGGAGAAACUGAGUCCGGUUUUGUACCGGGAGAAGCUGGCGAAGACGUUUAACUCGAGGGGAUAUAUGAGGUUUAGAAAUUUGGCUAAGAUUUCAAGGCCGAGGAGGAGGAGGAGGAGGAGGAAGGAAGGGAAAGGCGGAGGAGAGGAGGAGGUGAAGGAGGAGAAGGGGAAAGGGAAGAAUAAUUUUGCAGUGGUAGAGGUUGUGGAGGAGGAAGGAGAUGAACUGAGGGGAUUGUUGGGGGAAGGUUUUAGGGGGAGGAGAAAAUGGAAGGGUUCCACAAGGUUGUUGCUUUUGGAUGAGAGAUUUGCCAACAAGGGUUUGGAGGAGCUGCCUGAGGCUAUCAAGGCUGUAUUCAGGGAAGAGACCAAUGAAAGUACAACCUCAAAUAUUGAGCUAGUGAGAUGCAAGCUGACUUUGUUUUAUGAGUAUUGGCAGAUGAAUGAGAUCUUGGAGGCUUUGCUGCCAAAGGGUAUGAUCAUCCCUUCAGCCUUUGAAAUGGUUGGGCAUAUUGCACAUCUUAACCUGAGAGAUGAACAUCUACCAUACAAGAAACUUAUAGCAAAGGUUGUUCUUGAUAAAAAUAGGCCAAAGAUAAAAACAGUUGUCAAUAAGAUUGAUGCCAUUCACAAUGACUACAGAACCAUGCAACUUGAGGUUUUGGCAGGAAAUCAUUCCCUUGUGACUACAGUUGUCGAGAAUGGACUGAGGUUUCAUGUGGAUCUAGCUACAGUGUAUUGGAAUUCAAGGCUAGCAACUGAAAGACAAAGACUUCUGAAUUGCUUCAAUCGCACUGAUGUUGUCUGUGAUGUUUUCUCUGGGGUUGGUCCAAUUGCUAUAUCUGCAGCUAAGGUAGUCAAACGUGUAUAUGCUAAUGAUUUGAACCCCUAUGCAGUGGAAUAUCUGGAAAGGAACAGUGUACUCAACAAACUUGAGAGGAAGAUUGAGGUAUUUCUCCAGUUUGAUUCCCAAUUUUCUUUAACCUAUCUCUGUUCUUCUUUUUCUUGUCUUCUUCUAUUUCUAAGCUAUACACAGGAAAAAUUAGUUUAACACUAGUCCUGCAUC